AUGCCUGAGCCGCCAACCCCCUAUGCAAUAUCGAUUCCAGAUGCUACUCUCCAGGACCUUAAUCAGCGCCUUGACUGGGCUAAAUUCCCAACUCAACUGAUGUCUUCCGAUCAGGAUCCUUGGGAAUUCGGUGUCCCCGCUGAAGAGGUCAAGCGACUGGUAACAUACUGGAGGAAUCAGUUCGACUGGAAAAAAGCGGAAAGCCAAUUGAAUAAAUUUCCUCAUUAUCGGACGGACAUUGAAGUUGAUGGAUUUGGAGUCCUGGACAUCCAUUGUCAGAUCGUCCUGUUUAUUCAUCAAACCAGUCCAGUAAAGAACGCGAUUCCCCUCCUGUUUAGUCAUGGGUGGCCAGGAUCUUUUAUUGAGGUAAAGAAGAUUUUACCAAUGCUGGCAGAGGCCGACGGUAUGCCAGCGUUUCAUGUUGUGGCACCUUCUCUGCCCAACUUCGGAUUCUCAUCAGGUGUCACUAAGCGUGGAUUUGGCUGGGCACAAUACGCCGAGACAUUUCAUAAACUGAUGCUCAAACUGGGUUAUUCUCAGUAUGUCACACAAGGUGGAGACUUAGGUUUCUGGAUAACCAGGAGCAUGGGUCUUCUCUACCCUGACCAUUGCAGAGCCUCACACAUGAACAUGGUCGCUUCACAACCUCCUAAAUGGAGCUCGAACCCGCUCCUGGCAUUACAACAUGCCAUUCAGCCAUACAGCACCCACGAGAGCAAUGGCCGACAGCGAUCUGCGUGGUUUGAGCGCGAAGGGUUUGGAUACAAUCUUUUACAGAGAACGAAGCCCCAAACCAUCGGCACGGCUCUAUCUGACAGUCCCGUUGCUUUGCUCACCUGGAUCUAUGAGAAAUUGCAUGACUGGUCCGAUUCUUACCCGUGGACUGAGGACGAGAUCCUGACGUGGGUAUCUAUCUAUUGGUUUUCAGUAGCUGGUCCGGAAGCUAGCGUGCGGGUUUAUUAUGAGGCUAGUCAUCUCCGGUCCGACGAGGACAUUCCUUACCAAAAGCUCAUCGGGCAUAUACCUAACGUCAAGGUUGGAUUUGUGCAUCUUCCACAAGAGAUAUCGAUAGUUCCUCGUACAUGGGCUGCUGCGAUGGGACCUGUUGUUCAACAGACUGAGUAUGACCACGGGGGGCAUUUUGCGGCUUGGGAGAUUCCCGAAGUGAUUGUUCGAGACUUACGCCAGAUGUUCGGGAAAGGGGGACCUUGCUAUGAAAUCAUAGGAGAAAGAGGUGGAUACUGA